AUGGCAAACGCAGACAGUGAGGUGAAAACGCUGCUGAAUUUCGUCAAUUUGGCAUCGAGUGACAUCAAGGCAGCUCUGGACAAGUCAGCUCCGUGCAGACGCUCCGUGGACCACAGGAAGUAUCUGCAGAAGCAGCUGAAGCGCUUCUCCCAGAGGUACUCCAGGGUGCCGCGGUGCCACGCGCACAGGCCUGCGGAAUAUGCGUUCGGCAGACCGGCUGCGGGGACUGCGCAGCCGAGCGUAAAGGGCGCAGACAAGGUCAGCUCGGAUGCGCAGGACGUGGAGAACGCUGGGAGCGCGGUGCAGGUGCCCAUGAGGAAGCGCCAGCUCCCGGCCUCGUUCUGGGAGGAACCUAAGUUGACCCCAGCUAAGAAGGAGCGCUCGUUGAGAAGAGGCCCUGCAGGUGCGUCUGAGGGGGGGGACCACGACAAGCGGAAGAGGACUUGUGCUGAGGACGCAAAUAAGGCCGCGCAGCCUGCGUCCGGCCGGCGCAGCUCUGCGGACAAGGAGCCUCUCAAACUGGACCUGAGCUCUCACCACUGCGUGAGCGUGUGCGGCUGCUGCCCCUUCCAGUACCACGGACACCAGGUCCUCCACAGUCACAUCGUGGUCCCACACCCGCCCCUGGGACUGUGGAGCAAGGCAGCAGGGACAGAGACACCAGAGCAUCCUUAUGGACAGAAGCUCCACACACAUGUCGUGGUCAAACCCAUUCCCACCAAACCCACCGUCCAGUCUCCCAUCUUCAGUGUGUUUGGAUUCAUUUAA